AUGUCUUGGCAAGCCUACGUCGAUUCGAGUCUCGUUGGCACCGGCCACGUUGACAAAGCCGCAAUUUUUAACGCUGAUGGCAACUCCGUCUGGGCCUCGUCGCCGAACUUCAACGUGAGCCCGCAAGAAAUGCAAGAGGUUGUUGGCGCAUACAAGGAUACCUCAGUGCCCAAAAAGGUGCAAUCUACGGGAUUGCACAUCGCAGGACAGAAGUACAUUGUCAUCAAGGCGGACGAGACAAGUUUGUACGGGAAGAAGGGUCGAGAAGGCGUCGUCAUCGUCAAGACGAAACAGGCUCUGCUUAUCACACAUUACCCUGAGACAAUACAACCAGGCACAGCGGCAAACACAGUCGAGAAGCUCGCCGCCUAUCUUGUCAGUGUGGGGUAUUGA